GCUCCACUUUGAAGCAGGAGACUCCACAACCACCCUGCAUUAAAAAGGAAGAGGAGGAACUCUGCAUCACUCAGGAGGGAGAGUGUCUUCUAGGACGAGAGGAAGCUGAUUACACCAAGUUUCCACUGAGUAUUCUCUCUGUGAAGACUGAAGAUGAUGAAGAGAAACCACAAGUAGACAACCUCUUAGCUCCACUAUCAGAUAGUGAGGCUGAAGACGAGGUUGAAGAACCUUUGAGCAGCGAUAAAGACUGUGAAGGUGAUAUGAGGACUCACACUGACAACAAACACUCUGAAUGCUCUUCAAAGAAGAGAGGUAAAACAUGUUUGAGCUGUUCAGUUUGUGGUGGAAGCUUUACUAAAAAUAGCAAUUUGACUGAACACAUGAGAACACACACAGGAGAAAAAACAUUUAGUUGUUCAGUUUGUGGCAAAAGCUUUUCUAAAAAUAGCCAAUUGACUCGACACAUGAGAACACACACAGGAGAAAAAACAUUUAUUUGUUCAGUUUGUGGCGUAAGCUUUUCUCAAAAGAGCAAUUUGACUGGACACAUGAGAACACACACAGGAGAAAAACCAUUUAAUUGUUCAGUUUGCGGAAAAAGCUUUUCUGCUAAGAGGACUUUGACUGAACACAUGAGAACACACACAGGAGAAAAACAAUUUAGUUGUUCAGUUUGUGACAAAAGAUUUUCUCGAAAUAGCUCUUUGACUGAACACAUGAGAACACACACAGGUGAAAAACCAUGUAUUUGUUCAGUUUGUGGCAAAAGCUUUUCUCAAAAUAGCAUUUUGACUCAACACAUGAGAACACACACAGGAGAAAAAACAUUUAAUUGUUCAGUUUGUGACAAAAGCUUUUCUCGAAAUAGCUCUUUGAUUGAACACAUGCGAACACACACAGGUGAAAAAACAUUUAAAUGUUCAGUUUGUGGUAAAAGCUUUUCUCUAAAUAGCCAUGUGACUCAUCACAUGAGAACACACACAGGUGAAAAACCAUUUAGUUGUUCAGUUUGUGGCAAAAGCUUUUCUCAAAAUAGCUCAUUGUGUCGACACAUGAGAACACACACGGGCGAAAAACCAUAUAAGUGUUCAGUUUGUGGCAAAAGCUUUCCUAAUAUUAGCUCAUUGUGUCGACACAUGAGAACACACGCUGGAGAAAAACCAUUUAGUUGUUCAGUGUGCUGUAAAAGGUUCCAACAUAAUGCAGACGCAGUAAAACACAUAAGAACACACAAAAUAAUCAAUUAGCUGUUUAGUUUGUUCCACCAUACCCAGGACCUCCUCAUUGCUUCUUUCACAAAUAUCUGAGGUAUUCAUACAAACUUGGAUUAUUUGAAGCAUAAUCUUAUCUACUCAUGACCCCAUGUCUUCUCUGUAUCUGAAACCUUCCUGAACAGUAAGAUAGAUGAUGCUUCAAGUGCUUGGUUACUCCUUCUUCAGUCCAGGGACCUGGGGCCUCAUGUGUCAAGUUAGCGCAUGCUCAAAAACCUACACUACACCCUUUUUGUUGAGAUGUAUCAAAACUGACGUUGUGAUGCUGGGUAACUGUUUACAUAACCAAAUGCCAAUUUAUACUCCUCAGACUGAUUGAUGUGCAAAUCAGAGACAUAUGAACAAUUAACCCCCAACACCCACAACCCAACCCCCACCUCCCUCGACAUUCGGGCAUAACAGGUUCAAUCCGGCCCACAAUAUGAGUUUGCGAAGUGUAAAAUUCAGCUGUUUUUUUAAUGAAAGAAACUUCUGUUCUAAAUGUGUCCACUGGAAGUUGCGGUAAUAAUUCUGUUAGGCAAGCAAAUAGUUUAUACCGGGGCGAGCAAGUAUACCAAGCAAGAGGUACACGGUAUUGCAGGGCUGUGACUCCUCCCCCUCCACCCAACAUAAAACAGGAGUAAAAUAAGCAAUCAGUAACCCCACUUAAAAUGCAGCAUGAGACACUGCACACUGAUAUAGUUCUGUGAAAAUGAUUGUCUUCUGUGCAAAUGUUAAGAAAGUGAACAGUGUGUGAUUUACUGCAAUACUGUCAGUCUUUUAAAUUAUUUGUGUAUAUAGUAGAGAAUAUAGGAUAUACUUUCUGUCAAAAAGUGAUGACAUCAUAUAAAUUUAAUAUGGAAAAAAAAUUAAAAAGAAUGUAAGUCCCGCCCCCUGACUUCCGGUGUACAUGUCCUGCCUUCUGACAUCUGGCUAAGAUUUGACAGUUCAAUCUAUGAAAGAUGUGUCUAUUUCACCACUAAAUAUUAUAUUUUAUAUAUUUAAUUUGACAGGCCUUUGAAAGAUGUGAAAUCCAUAAUCUAUAUAUUUACUAUAUUGAAUAUGAAUUUAUUGCAGCUAUAGUCACUGUGUGUUGACUUGAAGGGGGUCUCGUAUCCUUAGUAAGGGCUUUUUUCUAACAGGAAAAUUGGGGGUUUGUUUUAUCAAAUUUUCCGUGAAUUGAGAUAAAGAUGACCUGUUAUCAAAGCCCUACAAUGGGGGGUGUGGGGGUCCCCACCCUCCUGUCUGAUGUAGUCUAAAACUGAUCUUGACAGCUGUUGAUUGAGGUAACAAUGAAAGAAAAAUAGAAGCAGUCAUAUAAGCAUGUGUGCAAUCCCAUUAAUUAAAUCAAAUGUGCUGGGUGGUAGGAAUGGGAACAGUCACAUCCUUCAUGAUUGAAUGUAACCACGCUCCCCAUCGUUGGAUGAUGCUGAGACAAUUGAUCAUACAAUGACUUCUCAUCAUUCCUUCAGUUUCUACCUAACGCUGUCCACUAUUUUCAAGAAAAUUUUGUUUUAUUAUGCUACAUUUAGUCUUACUUUAUAUCAUAGUCAAACUAAAGAAGUUAUGAAUAAGUCUAUCUUUGUUUCUGAAAUAUAUCUUGAUUUUAUAUUUUUUACCAACAUGAAAAUAUACUAUUGAACAGUAGUUUUAACAAUACUACAAAUAAUAUUAAAGUCAUGUUGUUGAUUGUGUGGUUUAGUUUAGGUUUUAAGCCACAUCCUGCAGUUAAAAAAAGAUGAACAAUUAGUUUCACAUGAAUGGUAAAUGUUCAAAGCUAUUAAUGCCAACGUUUUUCAAAUCUUCCCAUACUACUUUUUAACCUUUAAAUGUCUACUUUUUAUCAUUGUAAGAUUUCCAGGAAAAUAUAUUUAGUUUAUUUUUCAUUAUACAAGAUCUUUGAUCCAUGCCUUGUGUAAAUACCGUUAAUGUUUAAUCCACAUAUUUUUUUUAAAUAUUUAACACAAUGUUUUUAAUUGCCUGUCACUACAUUGUAGGAAUAUUAAUAGUUUUCUUCUUUUUGUACUGUUCACAUGUUUAUAUACGUAUUGUGGAUUUAAGUUUUUCCAAGUUGAAUCAUUGGUACUACAAUUGUACACCAUGCACAUGUGUGCAUUAGUACACAUCAUGAUAAGCAGGGUACUCCUACUACAUUUGUUCAUUUAUUCAUUAAAAUGAUGUUAAACCA